GAGCAGUGUAGGUCAUGAAAGAAUGGUUUGUAAAUGUUGUACAUUUGUAAAUUGUGUGUUUUAAACAGGAGACUGAGCCAGAGACCCACGGCUGAAGAGCUGGAGCAGAGGAACAUCCUCAAACCUUGUAAUGAGGAGGAGCAGAUGGAGGAGAAGAGAGAGAUCAGACGCCGGCUCUCAUGCAAGCUGAGUCAGAGGCCCACAGUGGAGGAUCUGCGUCGAGCCAGGAUCCUGAUCCGCUUCUGUGAUUACGUGGAGGUGUCGGACGCUCAGGACUACGACAGACGCACAGACAAACCCUGGAUGAGACUCACGGCGGCCGACAAGGCUGCCAUCAGGAAAGAGCUGAAUGAUUUCAAGAACAAUGAGAUGGAGGUGCACGAGUCCAGCCGUCAUCUGACCAGGUUUCACCGGCCGUGAGACGUCUGAGCUGCUUCUGCAGAGCUUCCUCAGAUCCGCCGGCGUGGCACUAUUGCACUGC